GUGCGGGAGACUCACAGCGGGACCUAACGCUACCGAGUUCCCUGUUCACACUACGUCUCUCGGCCUCCUUGGAAAUAGCCGGAGCAGUUAAGAGCUCUUCGGCUCUCGCUUUGUUUGAUCGUCUUCUUUAACUCUCCCAAGCUUGCCCGCUGCUCUCGGCCUUCCUCGCAAACGAAUCGAAGCAAUCCGUUUGGGCUGGAAUUCUCUCCCUUCCCAGGUUCUGUUAUGUUCUGAACAAAUUUAUUCAUGCUAUUAGGCACAACAGUAUCAACAGCUUCAGUUUCCAGAUUAGAUAAUGGAAUACCGCUUCCACUGCACAGUUCAUCAUACAGAGCUGCAAUCUGGCAUUGAUACGAUGAAGGGUUAAAGUGUAUAAGUCAGUAUCAGUUUUUUUAUGUCUGGUUCUUCUGAUAGAAUUGUCAAAUUCUCUUUCUAAGAGGCUCAUUGUUCCUGAUCACAAGUGAAGAAAAUUGUAAUGGAUGACUUACUUAAUUCCUUCAUAUCAUCUCCAACAUGGUCAGAUAGAAAUGUCUCUUCAAAGGCAUCAUGGAAUAAUACAAGCAUAGCUCAGACAAAUGUCUUGCUUGCUGAUUCCGUGGAAUCAUAUGGAGAAGUGAAGAACCCAUCGGUUUGCAGUGUAUCUUCAAGUAAUAUUGUAGGCAAUGCAGAUGCUGAAGAUUUAAAUAUGCACGGGCAUGAAAGGACUUCUUCAAUCUUAUUAGAUGGGAAGAUAAACUAUGGAAUUCUCAAAGAUCUAUAUUCUGGUGAAAGAUUAUAUCACCAGAUUUUACAUUGUCAAACUUCGAAUUCAGUCUCACUGGAUAAUGAGACUCAGGUUACAACUUUCUCACUAGAGGGGGUCACUGAUAGUAACCCAACAUCUGCAUCAUUUGAAUCAGCAUUGCCACAUACCACACUGGCCAUAUCUAGUUCAAUUGGGAGCACCAGCAGUGAACUAUCUGCUUUUCCACUGUCUCUUGUAGAUGCCCAUUCGAUUAACUCAGUUCCAAUAGUAUGGCCUUCAUCGUACUCAAGUGUCUCUUCGUUUAUUGGACAUGGAAAUUUGCCAGCUUUCAGUUAUCAAGGACAUGAAAACCAUGAUGACAUAUUAGGCAAAAUAAGUCUGGAGAAUGGGAAGUUUCGAGAUGUUAAAGAUCAAAAUGAGCAACACAAUUUUUCUUCUUUCUCUGCGGGGCAACAGAUAAAUUUGAUCCCUAGUGCUUUGCAGCCACAGAAGGAGCAAAACGGGUUGCACUCGCCCUGUUUUCCAUCUGGAUCAUCUAUGAUGGUAUUGAGUAAAAUGGCAGGAAUGCAAAGCCCUCUACAGCCAUCAUUAUUGUCUGAAAGGCAUAAUGCCAGCCAUCAUCAGAUAAACACCUCUACUGGUGCCCAAUCCCAAGCUGUUUUCGCUAAUGCCAGUGGUUGCAAUGGAGCUGCCAAGCCACGUGCAAGAGCUCGACGUGGCCAGGCCACUGAUCCACAUAGUAUUGCAGAACGACUCCGGAGAGAAAAAAUUGCAGAAAGGAUGAAGAAUUUACAGGAGCUUGUCCCCAGUUCCAAUAAGACUGAUAAGGCAUCGAUGCUUGAUGAAAUCAUCGAGUAUGUAAAAUUCCUCCAGCUGCAAGUCAAGGUUCUAAGCAUGAGCAGGCUGGGUGCAACUGGAGCAGUUGUUCCCCUACUGACAGAUACUCAAACUGAGGGCUCCGGCAGUCUGCUUCUAUGGUCAUCGUCGGUUGGGCAAGGAGGCUCUGAUAUAUCCGAGUCAGGGGACAGCUUAGCAUUUGAAAAGGAAGUAGUGAAGCUAAUGGAAACUAAUGUCACCACUGCCAUGCAGUACCUUCAACACAAAGGGCUCUGCCUCAUGCCGAUUGCACUUGCCACCGCAAUAUCAACUCAGAAAGGCUCCUCCUCCACUUCUACCCCACCAGAUUGAAGAAAACCCGUAAUGAGCCACAGUUCCAUGGACGGCAGGAGUUGCCAUGACCAUGAUUGCAACACUGGCUGCAAUGGUUCCAUCGUUAAACAGGAAGCUCACCAAGCCAAUGACAAGUCAAGAGAGCCAGCUGACGUGCUAUGUUCUCCCUUUCUUUUCUUCUAAUUUGUUUGCUGGUAGAGAUUUCAGUUUGCUGAUCAAAGUGUUAUUGGUUGUUCUAAGUUACUACUGACUGAUGUAUUAGACUUUCUUGUUGAGGAUGUUACAAGUUUUAUUCAUAUACAUACAUGUUCUUA